GCUUUCUCCAGCCAUCUUUUUGUACCUGAUCAACAUCAUGCCGUCCCUGUGGCUCCUUGAAAUGCACCAUGGAAACCAGCCAAUACUCCUAGACACCGAGCCAUCCCUCCGUCUCUGUGCAUGUGAUUUACCUCCUGUAUCUUCUAUGAACUCCAAGACGCUAUGCUAUGAGUCUCACUAAGCUAAGGCUUCCUUCCAGCAUUACUGGAGAAGAUAUUUCAAAGAGACAGAUAGUAUUGCAGCACGCAGUCUGAGACGGCAGCCCAGAACUUCAGCGGAAGAGGAGACAUCAAUCAAACCCUGUCAUCCCACAGAGCCACCGAUGGCGUGGGGAAUAUUCUUGAACUGGCCAGAGGCUUUGUUGACAACUUAUCCAUGGUAUGUGAACCAGUCUGGACGUUAGGACUCCACCAAACACUCCUGCUAAUAUUAAUCAUUGGACGGUGGCUUCUCCCCAUCGGAGGGACCAUUACUAGAGACCAACUCUCGGAACUUCUUCUGAUGUUCGUGGGGACGGCGGCAGACAUACUGGAGUUCACUACUGAGACUCUGAAGGAAAAUAAUGUCAGAAAUAACCCUGCACUGGUCUCGGGAAUCCUUGUGGUGUGGACUUGGAGCAUGCUCCAGUUUCCCCUUGACCUGGCAGUCCAGUUGAAACUGGUAUGCCCCGCCUCAGUGAAAGCCAGGGGCUUCCUUAGGGUUUUCCUGUGCCAGUACAGUGCGGAUCUAUGGGCCAUUGGCCUUAGCUUCUUCAUCCAAGAUGGCCCCUUCCUUGUGGUGCGCCUCGUCCUGAUGAUCUACUUCAAAGUGAUCAACCACAUGUUGGUGUUCUUUGCUGUGAAGAAUUCCCUGGUGAUGGCUCUUCAUUUCUACCGGCUUGUGGCUUUGAUCAUGGCUACCCGUGAUUUCAUGCAAGAUCAUCCAGAAAGUCCCAAAACGGAGCACAGUGGCCCGGACCAGCCUUCUGAGAGUGGGCCCAGUGAAUGGGAGGACACCUCCCCGGAGGCUCUGCCUUUGCGAAUCUCACCGGUCACCUCUGAGGAGUCUUACCCGACAACGCCUUAGUUACUGUUUCUAACAUGCAGCGGCAAGGCUUGACUCCUUCCCUUCUUGUAGACUGUUUCUCUUCUUACCCCCGCCCCACGUUUGCAUACAACAUUUUUUUUUUAAGGAAUCAACAUGAAAAAGAUGAUCUUGUCUCAAAGUCAAAGUACUGCUCUAGUUUUUCAUCUGAGUGGAAGGAACUUUGACAAGUGGCUGUCACUAUAAUCUUCUGCUUCGAUAGUGGACAUUACACUUCUCUGGGAACCAUUCUGAGUGAUUGGUUCUUAAUGAAUUGCUUGAAAAGUUGUAGGCCGGACAUCAUAGCAACCCUCCAAUGACUUAAGGCAGACAUUUGCCACAAACUUCCCUAUCUCUUGUUCUCCCUGGUUGCCUAAUAGUACAGAAACUUUUGACUGGCUAGACUGUCACUCUCUCAUCUGAGGCUUUCUGCAAUGUCCCUCUGACAUUAAAAAAAAAAAUGUAUACUCAGUGAAUUCUGAGCAAAGGAAAGGAAAAUGUUCUUAAAAUCAACUUGCCAUGGGCUAGAAUCCGGGAACUAGCACGGCUUAGCUUCCUCUGUGGAGAAAAAUAGCUGUGGUAGCUGCACAGGCCUUUACAGGAAUCCCAUUCUCCUGGACCAAGGUGCCAUUCUGUGUUCUUAGAGCAUUGUGAUGGCUUUGGGCUUGGGUAGCACAAAGUUCACAACAAGUCACUUGGUUUCUACCAACUUCGUAGCCAGGCGAUAUCAAUGAGACACCUGCAAGUCACACUUUCCACCUAGUACAAUUUACAGGACCGCUGGUAUUUAAAUGCUUGGCUACCCUUUUCUUCAUUGUCAAGGUGAAUCAUGUGAUCGGGGUCCAAGGAGCAGUAGCAUGCCGUGAUGAAGGAGUCUGAGGCCCUUAGCGUUACCAUGGUUUCUGGCCGCUGCCAGCAGCUGCUGCAGAAGCAGCGACAGUAACAGAGAUUGGUGUAGGGCCAAGGAAAUGCCAUCACUGGCCCCAGCUCGGUUUCAGGAACAAGUUAGUGGAAGGUGGUGCCAAUCUCAUGCCUCCAUGAAUGUAGGGAGUUGCUACAGGCCACCCUGGGGACUCAUGGUGGCUUCAUUUCCCAUGAAUGGAAUAGUUUUUCUCUUCCACAGUGCUGUACAUUCUAGGUGGAAAUGACUCCAAGCCUUUGAAAGUAGCUCUUUCUUUGAAAUACAUGGUAAAAAUGUGACUUAUGUUAUUUUAGAUCUAAAAUUGCAAUGUUAGAGUUAACGGCACCAGCCAAGCCAUACUAGAAUCCCCAGAAAGACAUUUAUUCAUCAAACUUCCUAGAUUGAAGAUGACCAUUAGACAAUCAGUUGGGACAAUUAUUUUUUUCAAACCUAUGAAUUUCUGGUAUAGUAUUUAUCCAAUAUGUUUGAUAACAAGUUUUAUAAACAAAUUCUAUUUUAUACAAAACCACCACUGUCUUUCUAGUCAUUUCUACUUCCUUUUGUUUUAAUACUGUCAUGGUUGUAAAAUGUUCAGCAAACAAAUGGAAUGCAUUAGUAAUUUUUCAUAAUUGGUGUAUGCAAGCUAAGGUCAAGAUUGUAUUUACGUAAGUGAAGAAUGUGACAACUUUUAAAGAUGCAUUAUUCAAAGUUCUUGGCAAUGACACUCAGGGACAUGUCCCAUGGUUAAGAGCAUGAAUUGCUCUUGCAGAGGAUCAGAAUUUGUCCCCAUCUACUCCACGGGUUUUACAACCACUUGUAGCUCCAGCUUUGGGGGCUGCUUUUAGCCUCCGUGAGAACUAACUGCAUUCAUGUAUGUGUGCACUCAUACACAGAGAGAUUUAUUAAAAGUAAUAAAACUAUUUUAUAAUAAAAAAGUCAGUAAUGGGAUGCAAACAAGAAAAAGCAAUACUACUUCUCAAACUGCCUCAGCCACCACUAACUGUGCGGGAUGCUUUGUGUUGAAUACAUGACAUAUAUGUGCCCCCAUAACAUACAUGUGCCCCAUGACAUACACAUUCCCCUAUGACAUACAUGUGUCCCAAUGACAUAUAUGUGCCCCUAUAACAUAUAUGUGCUCUUAUGACAUACAUGUGCUCCCAUGACAGAGAUGUACUCCUAUGACAUACAUGUGCCCCUAUAACAUAUAUAUACCCCUAUAACAUAUAUGUGCUCCUAUGAUAUAUAUGUGCUCCUAUGACAUACCUGUGCUCCCAUGACAUACAUAUGUCCCUAUGACUUAUAUGUGCCCCGUGACAUAUAUGUGCUCCUAUGACAUAUAUAUUUUCCUAAGACAUAUAUGUGUCUCUAUAACACAUAUGAGCCACUCCUUACUUCCUGAUUGCUCACAACAUAUUUUUUUGUGAUUUUCGACCCCCUAAAAAACAAAUACUGAGCCUUCAAAAAUAAACCAUCAAGUAGUAUGACUGUUGCAGGAAUAAUUUUAAGUGCUUUCAAAUCUGAGGCUUGGCUUGGUUUCAUGAAAGUCUUUCUUAGGUUUCAAUAAAGUAUUUGGUAAUUAGCCUUCUUCCUCAGGCCUGUCCAAAAUCUGGCUUAACUUAGAAUGCCGGGAAGUCAGAGAGCACCCAGGACCGGCUUGGUAAUUAAUGGAUGGUCAAAAAUAGACACACGGUCUUCAAGGCUCUUCCAGGAAAAUCUGCUAAAGACGGCAUUUAACUCAACGGCAGUGUUUCCAUUUCCUUAUGCUGGCUGCUUUGAUCAUAGGAAAAAAAUGUCUGUUUGCUUAGUCUAGGUUUUAUCUCUGAUGAAAUGCUAAAAAUAUACUCUGUUGGCUGUUUAUAACUAUUACUGCUCUUUUACCCUGUAAAACUGUAUGUUUGUAUUCUAGGCUCGUGCACCUUGUAAUGUUUUUAGAUAUCCAAGCGUUUGUCAUAAACGGAACAGAAUAUCAGUCAUCUGCCUUACGUCAGAGUCUUGAGACUUGCUUACAUUCCUAGUGAGAUAGCUUAAUCACGUAGGACAAAGACUCCAUCCUCUGUUGCUAGCCACAGGGCAUGCCAAGCCUCCCCCUGACAUGAGGGGACUGCACUUGUAGUUUCUGGAGCCGUUGCUGACUGAUUAAAGUGCAAACAAAUAUUCUUCCUGCAAGCAUACUCUUCCACUGGUGGGAAAGCCUGGCGGUGACCAUGUUUACACGAUGCCAUGCUAACACAACCUCAGGACCUCUUAGAGCUUGUGAGUCUAAGUGUCACAAUACUGUGUUUAGGAUGAGCAUACUUCUCUGUCUUUGAUUACUCCACCAAGUUUGGUUGAUGUUGUAAAAGACAGUGUUAGACUCCGGAGGCUUAAACUUGUCAAUAUCACAUUGGGAGCUUCCCGGGAGAAGCGUAAAACUAUUCUGCCAUUGGCUCUGUUAUCCCACAAGACCUUGAAGCCAUGAAGAUAUGUCUGUGUGUCGAUAGGAUGGAUUCACUACAGCCACCCUACCUCUUUGUUCAACGGGAGCUGUGGGGAAGAACACCACGGAGACGUGAAUCUAUUAGGAAUGCCACGGUUCCGGCAUUCAGCGUGGACUCUAAAUCGUCUCGGUUCUUUCCCAUGAGGAACUCUUACCCAGAUUCUCCAGUUAAAAGGAAGACGAACUAUUGAGACUCAGCCUAUAGACCUCCACUCCACAGCUUCUUAAAAUAGAAGGGAAAGGCUCACAGAUCAAAGAACCUUGAAUUAGCAAGAUGAAAAGACACCGUUGGUUCUUCCCCCGUUUUCUUAUCUUCCGUUUUGCCUUUACUUAGAGGGACUUUUGAUCCGUCCUCGGACAUCUCUGAACUUUCAGAAUGGCGAGAGCAGCUAAACAAUGACUAAAGAUUGAGCCACCAAGGACUUGUAUUUUAUCAGUUUUUGUCUUUGAGGUCUUCCUUACUGCAAUAACUCGUGAGCCUCUUUUCUGUGAAUAUUUCUAGAUUUUGCUGGGACAGGCCUUUCUGUUUUAUUACGGACAUUAAAUAUUUGUGUACGGCUUUCUCCCAGUGCCUAUUUUUUUUCCCCUUUGCCUACUUUUUGUGUUUCUCCUCUUCUACCACAACUCAUUUCCUCCAUGGUUUUUAAGUUCUGUCUUAGUGAGUAAAACUGAUCUAUUCAAAAGACGAUUAAAGUGGCGUUUCCAACCAGCCA